AUGAGCCGACCAUCAUCAUUAUCUGACGACACGGUUAUAUCAUGGACUAAAUUACAAACUGACAUGCAAUCGAUUCGUCGUUCGUUGGUGAUGAAUACGAGCAAUUAUCUACCAGAAAAAUUUCAUUUUCGAUUAUGUUCUGAAUUAGCUGAAACAUCAACAGUUUCAACUGAUCUAUCAUCAUUGUGUACACAAUCUUUCAAGUCGAUUUCCAAUAAUCAAACAACAAUAAACGCAAAUAAUUUCCGUCUUUAUUAUAUUGGUACAAAUUUCUACGAUAAUGAAACGAGUUUAUUCUUUAUUGAUUUAGAUGAAAAAUUUUUACGUCAAUCGACCUCAUUGCCAGUAAUUGAUUAUUUAUCUCAAGCUAAAGCUCUCUUAUCAUCAUCAGAUUUCAUACGUAAUUUGCCAAUGAGCAGGGCGGAGCAAUUAUUAAGAGAACGAAUGAGAUCUGUUUAUACAUAUUCAAUAACCGCCUAUACAAUAGUUGAUCAGAGGAUAUUGUAUCAGGCAAGAGGACGAUUUUAUUACUAUGACGAUACGUUAAAUGCAAAUAAAAGAUUAGCAAUGCGAACAACGCAAAGUGAAAUAGAUUUUGAAUAUCAACCAAUUGAAAUUCAAUUUUUAACUAGUGGGUCACCGAUCGAUGUCACAAUGUGUCCACAUAAUUCGAAUAUGAUUGGAUUUAUUCGCAAUGAUAAUAUCUGGUGUAAAAAUUUAAUUAGUCAUCAGGAAUUACAAUGUACAUUUGCUCGAUUAGGUACAAAUGAUUUUUUACAGGAUGUUAAAAGCGCUGGAGUCCCAUCAUUUGUUAUUCAAGAAGAAUUUUCACGUUAUCGAGGUUAUUGGUGGCAACCAAAAUGUCAUACAAAUGAACAAGUCUAUCGUAUACUUUAUGAAGAAGUGAAUGAUGAAGGUGUGGAUGUAGUAUAUAUUCCAAUAAUUGAAGAAGAUUCGGAAAACAUUGAAACGUUUCGGUAUCCGAGAGCUGGCGGAAAAAAUUCGGAAAGUACACUAAAACUAUUAGAAAUAUAUCUAAAUGAAAACAAUGAGAUAAUUCAUAUUGUUCAACAACAGCUUUGUAUCGAAUUAAAGACGAUUGUGCCUUGGAUCGAGUAUCUAGCACGAGCCGGAUGGACUCCUGACGGAAAUUUUGUUUGGAUUCAAGCUGUAAAUCGAUCACAAACAAAAAAAUGUCUUAUCUUAAUUCCAUUGAAUAUGUUUGAUGAUGCAGAUAAACAAGGGAUCAAUAGUAACACUCAACAACAAUUUUGUUUCAUAUUACAUGAAGAAAUAAAUGACAUACUUGUUAAAGUUCAUGAUAUCCUUCAUUUUUUACCGUCAUCAAACACAACUCAUGUUCGUUUUGUCAUAGCGACAGAAGAAACUGGCUAUUUGCAUCUACAAUAUCUUGAUAUUGAUCUUCAAGCAUCAUCUUUUACUGAUUCAGAAUAUCUCACUUAUGCGCGUGUAGUUGAACAUGUUCGAUUAACUGAUGGUGAAUGGUGUGUGAACAAUGAUGAAAUUUGGAUUGAUGAAUAUAAUAAAUUAGUUUAUUUUACUGGUUUUAAAGAUACACCUCUCGAAACACAUCUUUAUGUAACAUCGUGGUUAUAUCCUACAAAACUGAAUCGAUUGACCGUAUCAAAUUAUUCUCAUACCGUUACAUUAAAUAAGGAAACAACUCUGUUUUUAUCUACGUAUAGUUCUCUGACAAAUUCUCCACAAAUCAAUCUGUAUAUGUUAGAAAAUAUUCAAUCAAACAUCGAUCUCAUUACAGUAAAACAAAUUGGAAGUCUUUUGCCAUCACAUGAUAUUUCUCGACAGGACAGUGACAAUAUUACUCCAGCGUUUUGGACACCUGUAACUCCACAGUAUCAAUGGAGUAAACAGGAACUAUUUGAGUUUCAAUGGGACAAUGUGAUUAUGUAUGGUAUUAUUAUGAAACCAAUAAAUUUUGAAACUGGACGACAAUAUCCGACCGUUUUACAAAUUUACGGUGGUCCUGAAGUAUCCAGUGUCCGAAAUCUAUGGUCAGGAUAUCGGUAG